AUGCCAUCGAAAUUGACACACGUGAAGGGCGACCUCUUUAGUGCGCCUCCAGGAAGCAUUCUAGUGCACGCCUGCAAUACCGUUGGCUCCUGGGGCGGAGGAAUAGCUGUCGCUUUCAAGGAUCGUUAUCCCUCUCAUUUCGAGGUAUACAAAGCUCACUGCGAGGACCAUGGACCAGAAACUUUGAUAGGCACCUGUCUUCUCCUACCUGGAGAAGUCCACGACGUAGCGUGCUUGUUUACCUCGCGUGCUUAUGGAAAACGAAAGGAUAAGCCGGAACAGAUAUUGGCCGCUACGAAGAUGGCUGUGUUGGAUCUGGUGAGGCAGAAUACGGGAGACAAGGGGUUGCAUGCUUGUCGAUUCAAUUCCGGCAAGUUUGGUGUUCCUUGGGAAGAAACAGAACAGAUCCUGCAAGAACUCGAAGUGACCAUGACAGUAUAUAAUCCAGAGUAG